UAAAUCCCUAUAUAGAAUGUAUAAAUCCCUAUAUAGAAUGUAUAAAUCCCUAUAUAUAGAAUGUAUAAAUCCCUAUAUAGAAUGUUUAAAUCCUAUGUAUUAUCCCAACACAGUUUGACAUUGGCAUCCCAGCCAUGACUCAGUGCUGUAACCAGCUGGACAGUUGUUACGACACCUGUGGCUCCAACAAGUACCGCUGCGACUCCAACUACCGCUGGUGUCUCCACGCUAUCUGCUCUGACCUGAAGAAAAGCUUGGGGUUCGUGUCAAAGGUCAAAGCCUGUGAGACCGUAGCAGAUGCUCUGUACAACACAGUGUGGACGCUGGGCUGCAGAUCCUUCAUGAACAGCCAGAGGGAAGCAUGUCACUGUGAGGGAGAGGAGAGGGAUGAGCUGUAGAGGACCAGGCUGGGAGGAGAGGGAUGAGCUGUAGAGGACCAGGCUGGGAGGAGAGGGAUGAGCUGUAGAGGACCAGGCUGGGACACAACACUACUCAACACGAGAGAAAGCUGGGAGGAGAGGGACGAGCUAUAGAGGACCAGGCUGGGACACAACACUACUCAACACGAGAGAAAGCUGGGAGGAGAAGGACGAGCUAUAGAGGACCAGGCUGGGACACAACACAACACUACUCAACACGAGAGAAAGCUGGGAGGAGAGGGACGAGCUAUAGAGGACCAGGCUGGGACACAACACUACUCAACACGAGAGAAAGCUGGGAGGAGAAGGACGAGCUAUAGAGGACCAGGCUGGGACACAACACAACACUACUCAACACGAGAGAAAGCUGGGAGGAGAGGGACGAGCUGUAGAGGACCAGGCUGGGACACAACACAACACUACUCAACACGAGAGAAAGCUGGGAGGAGAGGGACGAGCUAUAGAGGACCAGGCUGGGACACAACACAACACUACUCAACACGAGAGAAAGCUGGGAGGAGAGGGACGAGCUGUAGAGGACCAGGCUGGGACACAACACUACUCAACACGAGAGAAAGCUGGGAGGAGAAGGACGAGCUAUAGAGGACCAGGCUGGGACACAACACAACACUACUCAACACGAGAGAAAGCUGGGAGGAGAGGGACGAGCUAUAGAGGACCAGGCUGGGACACAACACUACUCAACACGAGAGAAAGCUGGGAGGAGAGGGACGAGCUGUAGAGGACCAGGCUGGGAGGAGAGGCACGAGCUGUAGAGGACCAGGCUGGGACACAACACAACACUACUCAACACGAGAGAAAGCUGGGAGGAGAGGGACGAGCUGUAGAGGACCAGGCUGGGAGGAGAGGCACGAGCUGUAGAGGACCAGGCUGGGACACAACACAACACUACUCAACACGAGAGAAAGCUGGGAGGAGAGGGACGAGCUGUAGAGGACCAGGCUGGGACACAACACAACACUACUCAACACGAGAGAAAGCUGGGAGGACAGGGACGAGCCGUAGAGGACCAGGCUGGGACAAUACACUACACUACCCAGCACUACACAACACAACACUACUCAACACGAGAGAAAGCUGGGAGGAGAGGGACGAGCUAUAGAGGACCAGGCUGGGACACAACACAACACUACUCAACACGAGAGAAAGCUGGGAGGAGAGGGACGAGCUGUAGAGGACCAGGCUGGGACACAACACAACACUACUCAACACGAGAGAAAGCUGGGAGGAGAGGGACGAGCUAUAGAGGACCAGGCUGGGACACAACACAACACUACUCAACACGAGAGAAAGCUGGGAGGAGAAGGACGAGCUAUAGAGGACCAGGCUGGGAGGAGAGGGACGAGCUAUAGAGGACCAGGCUGGGAGGAGAGGGACGAGCUAUAGAGGACCAGGCUGGGAGGAGAAGGACGAGCUAUAGAGGACCAGGCUGGGAGGAGAAGGACGAGCUAUAGAGGACCAGGCUGGGAGGAGAGGGACGAGCUAUAGAGGACCAGGCUGGGAGGAGAAGGACGAGCUAUAGAGGACCAGGCUGGGAGGAGAGGGACGAGCUAUAGAGGACCAGGCUGGGAGGAGAAGGACGAGCUAUAGAGGACAUGCAGGACAAUAUCCUCUUGCGAGAAUCAUCAAUGGGAAAGGGUGCUUGGAACUCAAACAUGGAUUCAUACAGUGGGACUUCACACCGCACAAAUGAGAAUAUUACUUUAUUAUUAACCUAGAAAAUAUUUGUAAAAAUUCUAUUACCACAUGAAAACACGACAGAGGUUUUACGCUUGAUGAGGAAAGACUUUACCAAUGAGUUAAUAGUGGUUAUUAUGUAGAAUAAAAAAUACUAACCGUAUGUAGCGUCGUGUCACACUGUCUUUAUCUAACUUCUACCCCUAUUUUUAUAUUUUCUGAAACUUGACAGCGGAUAUUUAUAUUUCAAAUAUAUUUUCAGGAAAAGACUAUGACUCCCAUUAACAUAUUAUUGUGUUAUUAUUUUAUUAACAUACCUCAAACCAACAAAAAAACUAAUCCUGAUAGAGUGAAGACCUUUCAGUCAGCAUCAUAUCCCACAUUAGAAUACAAAUGUCCCAAACGGCAACCUAUUCCCUACAAAGUGCACUGCUUUUGACCACGGCACAUGAGGCUCUGGUCGAAAGUAGUGCCCUUUGUAGGGAAUAGGAUGUCAUUUGGGACGUAAUCCCGAAAUAACCUAGUCUAACACAACACAAACACCAGUUAGUUGGACCUGUGCUGUUACUGACAGGAUACUUCCACAGCACAGCAAUAAGUGUGUUAUGUUGCGCUGUAUGUUAAUAUGUGUGUUGAGGUCCAUUGACUGAUGGGAAUAUCAGGCUUUUUUUGUUGUUACUUUUCGAUGAAUAAAUGAAUGACUAAUUAUACAAUGUUGAUGUGAUAAGUUCACUUAAG